AUGGCUUUUACUCUAGGACAUGCAGUUUCUCAUAUAUUCAUCUUUUUAUGUUUGCUUUCAAUAUUCCCAGGGACCCCUUCCUUAUGCUUUAAACCCAAAAAACUUGUUAACGUUACUUCCAACUUCUCAUCUGAUUCAGAUUGGGCAUCUACCAUGGCUACUUGGUAUGGACCUCCGGAAGGUUAUGGAAGUGAUGGUGGGGCUUGUGGAUAUGGAAAAGCCGUUGGCCAACCUCCAUACAAUUCAAUGAUAUCAGCCGGAAACCCUGUCAUCUACCAAUCAGGAAAAGGCUGUGGUUCAUGUUAUCAGGUCUAA